AUGAGUGCCCCUCUGACCCCCGAAGAGCUCGAGCGCUACACAGCCAUCAUCGACGACAUUCUCGAAACGUCCGACCUCGAAACAAUCUCGCGAAAGACGAUCAGAAAGGGACUGGAAAAUGCUCUCGGUGGACAAGAUCUCAGCGAGAACAAAAACGCUAUCAAGCGACUUAUUGAAGCUCGUUUUGAUGCCGCCUCCGGAGCUGAUACCGGCAUCGAGCCCCCAGCAACCAACGGUACCUCCGAUUUUGGCGAAACUGAACAAUCGGCGACUCCUGAACCUUCGCGAAAGAAGGUGAAGCGAUCAUCCUCGGCCGAAGAUGCAGACGCUAGACUCGCUGCUCAACUUCAGGCGCAGGAAAACAGCCUAGCAAGAGGUCGCAAAACGCGAGGGGGUGACAAGCCGGUCAAGAAGAAGGCAGCACCUCGCAAGAAGAGCGCCAAGAAGGUCAAGGCUGAUGAUGACAGCGACCUAGACCCAGCUGAUGGCGAGACUGGCAAGAAGAGGAAGGCUGGUGGUGGCUUCCAAAAGCCUUUCAACCUGAGUGAAACUCUUUCAGAGUUGGUUGGCGAGACCCAACUAUCCCGACCUCAGGUAGUCAAGAAGCUCUGGGAGCACAUCAAGGCGAACGAUCUCCAAGACCCCAAGGACAAGCGACAGAUCAUAUGCGACGACAAGAUGCAGGCAGUCUUCAAGCAGUCCAAGGUCGACAUGUUCAAGAUGAACAAGGACAUUGGCAGCCACCUCUACCCCGUCGAAGAAUAA